CCAUAAAGCCCCUAUAAGACUAGAGUAAUUACUCUAAUCCCAAACUUCCUUUCUCUUCUCCAAAUUCUCUGAUACGCCAAUUCCCAGUUCUCCUAUAUCUGGGAAUUGGAUAAGCAACUCCAACUCAGCCAUAGAAACAAAACACCAGCAGUUCUUCUUUGGGGGGGGGGGGAAAACCCAGAAAGAAUAAUUCAAGUCAAGUUUCUGAUGCGAAAAGGGUUUAGAGCUUUGGAGAUUUUGCUCCCGCCACCAUGUUGAGCUCCACUUGCGCUCACUCGCUUCUUCGCCGCCCUUUCCUCCCCUCCCCUAUCCCCAGAGCUAGGGUUCCGACCCGACCCGGGGGUUUGUAUCCAAUUUCCCGCAGUUUAAGGAUCUCCGAAUCUCAUUCCAGGCCUUUCAACACUAGAUGGACGAAAAUUUCAUGCUUUAGGCAAGAGGAGUUAUCUUCAGAAACCCCGAAAGCUGAGUAUAUUGGACACUUGGUGCCGGAGGAAGUAGUCAAGCCGGAAUUUGAUGGUUCGAAGGAGGUGAAAAGGGACUGGGGAUUAACUCUUAAAGAGGCUGCAGAUACAGUGUUUAGGGCAAUAGGCAGUCGGUGGAGUGUACCGUGGACAGCAGAAACCAUAUUGCAGGUUAUGCUACUCUGGGUUGUUGCUUUCUGGUUCAUAGGUUCUUGGAUGGUUCCAUUUGCAGCUCACCUGGCUGGUUUCAACAGGGAAUCAUUAACAUUUAGAGGCCAAGCCUUAUUCAGCCUAGUGACUGAUGUAACUGAAGGUCUUGCUGGCAUUAUGAUCCUUCAUCGCUGCUUAUCUCGUUUCCGUCCACUUCCUCCUGAUUGGUUUAAAUUUAGCUUGAAAGGAACAUGGCAGAUAGAUGUUGUGCUAGGCUGCCUCAUGUUUCCCUUUGUCAAUCGGCUAUCGCAAUUUAACCUCAACCUAUUACCACUCUUGCCGUCCACCCCUGUUACGAUAUCAAGUGUUGAGCAAUCAAUUUUGGCGCGUGAUCCGAUAGCAAUGGCACUGUAUGCAAUAGUAGUUUCAGUGUGUGCGCCCGUGUGGGAGGAGAUAGUCUUUAGGGGUUUCCUACUCCCUUCAUUGACCAAGUACAUGCCCGUGUGGUGUGCAAUAUUGGUUAGUGCAGUUGUCUUUGCUUUAGCACACUUCAAUGUACAGAGGAUGCUACCACUUGUUUUCCUUGGGGUGGUGAUGGGUGCUAUAUUUGCACGGUCAAGGAAUCUAUUACCAUCGAUGCUCUUGCACAGCCUUUGGAAUGGCUUUGUAUUUUUAGACUUAAUGAAAUAAACCCAAGAAUUGUACUUGUGAUCCAUUCAUCGGCCAAACCAUCCAGAAAGAAGCCUCCAAGUGGUUUGAGUUCCUUCCAAGGAUUAGAGGCCUUAUGCCGACUACAGGAUUAGCUGCUAGCUCUGUGCCAUUGAUGUUGAUAAAGAAGUCCACUAACUUAAUAGUCACAGGGAUUAACUAUCAAAUUCAAAUCCCUUAUCAAGAAGAUCAGCAUGAUUCUUUGUUCAUAUGUAUAAUGGAUGAGGGAGAUGAAGAACAAUUCUUUGGGAAGAUCUUCAAGUCAGCAUAAGAAAAAGCUCUUGUAGUCUGUGGUUGAGCACACCUAUGUAUUUUCUGUUUUUUUUUUCUUUCUCAGUUUUCAGUUUCUCUCCCACAGACAUUAUUUUAUAAGGGUAUGGUUGCUGAGUAUAAUAACUAAUAAGUAGGCGGGGCUGCCCAUUGUGAUGAAAAAUGUUGUAAUUUACUUUUUACCAAAUAGAAUUACCCAAUGAGUAGUUACUAAUUGAAAAACAGAACCGACUUUCUACU